AUGGGCACAGAGGAACAGGUGACCAGACUGAAUGGAGAAAAGGUUAGCUUACUUCAUGAGGUCGAGUUGUUGAAAGAGCAGCUCAGACACCAGGAAAAUAAGGAGACCUUGGAAAAAGAUCAACUGCUCGCUGAGGUUUUCAAUAAGCAGUUGACAGUAGGAGUGGCAGUCCUUGAGAAUGAGAAACUGAAGGAGGGUUGUGAAAAUGAAAAGGAGAAGUGGAGUGAGGCCGAAGAACUCCUGGCUCAGGAAACAGAGAUCAUCUCCAGGCUGAUCUGUGCCGUGCCUGUCCUAGCUGGACAGAUCCCUUAUCCCUUACCUUUAGACCAUAUGCUACUCUUAACCAAGCACAUGUGGUUCUGGACAACAAAACCAGGCCCAAGAAGACACUGGAAGAAAGGAAGGAGGACAAGCCUUAUCUCUUGGACGACACUACAGAGGGACACUCUAAUAUCAAGACUGUGCUGA